UACAAUGGCUGUCGCAUACUUGAAUUCCUGACUAAUGUAGUGGCUAUACCUCUCUAGGAGAUGGUUAUUUUGCGUUAUUAUUAUACUCCAGUAUAGAUUAAAGUUAAAUAUUGCAAUAGUAUCAGUGGUAGAUUAUUUAAGAAGUGGUUCCUGUGUCGACGACGAAUGUUACGAGCUGAAAAUUUUGAACGAAAACAAGCUUUGAAGUUAUUUUAACUAUGUGUGUAGCUCAGGUAAUUGGAAAAUGUGUAAUACCGCGCGCAUUCAGAAAGCGCUUUAGGAAUAAAAUUUAGGGAACCUAGGUAAUGUAGGGUUAGUUUUGAAGCGCUAUUUGCUGUUGGCGUCAGUAAGGGGCGCCCUCUGCAUAAGCCUUUGCUGCAAACGCCCAGGCGAUGCAUUUUAAGGCGUCAGUCGCUGCUCUGGGAGCCGCCGUUUCGGACGUCUCGGAGUGCUACUAAUUCAUCAUGCCAUCGCUGUCGACACCGUUCCCCGCGGACGUGUUGCGUGCGGUGCCAACGCUGGGCGCAAGUGCACCCUGGCGCCUAUCUAUCGCCUUCAUGAAUAUGCCUCCUCCUCAGGAACCCAUCGAUCUCACUCUGGAGGUGAGGCAAUUGAUACAGGAGUUGUUCCGCGACGCGAACUGCGUCACACGGCCGGAGCGCGCCAUGAUUGUCAAGUUCAUCGCUGGCAAUAGGCACAACCCAUGCCCGGCUUACGGCCACCUGGCGUCUAUUAAGUUGUCAUCCCAUCUCCGUAACUUCACACAACUUGACAACACUCUCAUCCAGCUGAUCGAGGAGGAACACUUCGAGAUGAACUUCCUCACAGGCCAAUGGAGACGCGUCAGGAAACACCGCCGCCUGGGGUAGUCGGCUAACGUCAUCUCCCAUAACUUCCCUUUACCCCCAACUUUCCAUCCUAUCUAUCCAUCUAUCUAUCUCGACCCACUUCAAUGACGUUUAAUAUCUAUUAU